AAAAUGGAAUCCCCUAAAUAUCCGCAUAUUAUCUCAAGCGAGGUAAAGAAAACAAAUGAAGAGUCUAGAACGGAAAAAAAUGAUAACAAGUUAAAUGGUUUAGUUACAAAUUUUGACAAUCAAACAUCUAUGAAGCAAAAGAAUAAAUACAUGUUGGAUAUUCAAGGAUUUUCUAUUUGGAUGCCUUCACCUCGUAUUAUCUUUAUAUCAACAUUCUUAUGCGCUCCGUUUAUCCUUUUUACUGUGAUGAUUAUUUGCUAUUACUGGACAUAA